AUGGUCAACCCAUCGAGGACACGUUCUCGGGAGACGUCAGCGACUGGUCGGUCUAGUCUGCUCGAAAAGACUUACAGCCGGUACAGUAACUAUGGCAAAGGAGGGGACAACCUCAAAAAGACAUCAUCCAGGGCUAAUUCCCAGCAAACAGCGGUAGAAAAUCCUUCGCUCCGAGCGUUCACGGGAGUCUUUAGGAAGCCCGAGGAAGGAUGUCGACCACAGCCUCCGGCAAAGUUGUCUGAUAGCCAAGAAAAGCUCUUGGCGGAGAUGCUCGUGUACUUUAGAGAACGAAAGACCUAUCCCGUUUCUCUCAACGCGAAGGAUGGAAAAGCUGAGGAGCCACCUACAGAGUGGGAGAAGCUGAGGAUGCUGUCCCGAGAAAGUAUGCUGCGCUAUCUCAGGGCUACCAAGUGGGAUCUCAACGCCGCAAAGAAGCGUCUUGCCGAGACUAUCGCUUGGAGGCGUGAAUUUGGAGUCGACUCAAUCGAUCCAGCCGAAGUGGAGCAAGAAGCCAAGAGUGGCAAGGAGACCGUCAUGGGUUUCGACAAUUCUGCCCGGCCCUUGCACUAUAUGCAUCCGCAUCGCAACAAUACAAAGGAGUCCCCAACGCAGAUGCGAUUCGCAGUGUGGAUUCUCGAGAGCUGCAUCGACCUCAUGCCACCAGGAGUUGAGCAGCUCGCUCUCUUGAUCAACUUCGACAAUAGGAGCCGAAACCCUACCAGUAUUGCCAAUGCGAAGCUCAUGCUGUAUAUUCUUCAAAAUCACUACGUGGAGAGACUGGGCGUUGCUCUCUGCAUCAACGUCCCUUGGGUGUUCAAGGCAUUCUGGAGCGCCAUUCAGAGCUUCAUCGACCCAGUCACAAAGUCGAAGUGCAAAUUCGACGAGGGAAUCAAAGAAGAAGUCCCUCUCAGUCAACUCAGCUCGGACUAUGGAGGAGAAGUCGACCCAACAUAUCACCACGACCAAUACUGGCCUGAUCUUGUGAAAUUGACACAAGAGAGGCGUGCCGCCAUGCUGAAGCGUUUCAAAGAGCAAUGCAACAGCGAGGUUGGCGCUUCUGAAUGGGUGGUGAGAGGUGGAAACGAC